GUAGAUUCAACAAUUAUUAAUAGAACCAAUUUUGGAUGAAAAUUUUUUUAUAAGUGGAUAGGUUAUUUGGAUUCAAAUAUAAUGAUAUUAUUUGUUUGUAUUCCCUAUUCGCUCUUUCGUUUGGAUUUCAGUGUGACGAAAGUACUUCAAAGUGACCAAUUACGUCAUGCAACGUUUACUUGACUGACAAAUCCACUGGUUGCCUGUCAGGCGCUUAAGUUAGCGGUGUUACUUUGAGCUCACUAUUACAUUUGUGCCCGCAGUGGGAUACACGUCACAUUAUUUGUGGAUUAAAAAAAACAAACAAACCACGACUUGAUUGAUUUAACGGCAUUUCUUUUUAAGAGGCCAUCUAAAGCUGCUCUGGGGGGCGGAGUGUCUGCAAAGUGUUGCUCCGAUUGGGGCGCUGGAUCGGGGGACGAGAGAUGGCGUGCUUGUUGGAGGCCCCUCUCCGCGUCAGUGUUCUGUCUGAAGUCACUGCCACAAGUCGCCAUUAUGUGGACCGCCUCUUCGACCCCGACCCACAGAAAGUGCUGCAGGGAGUCAUAGACAUGAAGAAUGCUGUAAUUGGGAACAAUAAGCAGAAAGCCAAUUUGAUCGUCCUUGGAGCUGUGCCGAGGUUACUAUACCUUCUGCAGCAGAGCUCCUCCACCCUGGAGCUGAGGACCGAGUGUGCGGUGGUGCUGGGCAGCCUGGCCAUGGGCACAGAGAACAAUAUCAAGUCCCUAGUGGACUGCCACAUCAUCCCCGCUCUUCUUCAAGGGCUCUUGUGUCCUGACUUGAUUUUCAUUGAGGCUUGCCUUCGUUGUCUCAGAACAGUCUUCAUUAGUCCCGUCACUCCGGUGCAGCUUCUCUACACUGAUCGCACUGUGAUCCCCCAUUUAAUGUCUUUGCUGAGCCGCUCACACAGGACACAGGAGUACACCACGCAGAUCUUCUCCCACUGUUGUAAGACUCCAGAGCACCAGACAGUGCUGUUUAACCAUGGCGCAAUUCAGAACAUCGCCCCUUUGCUAAUAUCGCCUUCUUAUAAGGUGCGUAUGCAGGCUUUAAGAUGUUUCUCAGUGCUGGCCUAUGAGAACACUCAGGUGUCCAUGACGCUGGUGAAUGUGCUGGUGGACGGCGAGCUGCUUUCUCAGGUAUUUGUCCGAAUGAUGCAAAGGGAUCAGCCCAUUGAAAUGCAGCUAACUGCAGCCAAAUGUCUCACGUACAUGUGUCGAGCAGGUGCCAUCAGGACGGAUGACAGCUGCAUUGUCCUAAAGACACUGCCAUGCCUGGUGCGUAUGUGCAGCAAGGACCACCUUUUGGAGGAACGGGUGGAGGGUGCUGAGACACUGGCCUUCCUCAUGGAGCCUGAUGUGGAGUUGCAGCGGAUUGCCAGCACCACCGACCACUUGGUGGCCAUGUUGGCUGAUUACUUCAAGUAUCCCAGCUCUGUGUCAGCCAUUGCCGAUAUCAAGAGGUUGGACCAUGACUUGAAGCACGCACACGAAUUGAGGCAAGCGGCUUUUAAACUGUACGCCUCGCUAGGCUCCAAUGACGAGGAUAUUCGCAAGAAGAUCACAGAGACGGAAAACAUGAUGGACAGGAUAGUCAGCGGCCUGUCAGAGUCCAGCAUUAAAGUUCGCUUGGCAGCUGUCAGAUGUCUUCAUAGUCUUUCACGGUCGGUGCAGCAGCUGAGGACCAGCUUCCAUGACCAUGCCGUUUGGAAACCUCUCAUGAAGCUGUUGCAAAAUGCCCCUGAUGAAGUCUUGGUCAUGGCGUCUUCCACACUAUGCAAUCUCCUGCUGGAGUUCUCACCCAGUAAAGAGCCCAUCCUCGAAUCAGGAGUCAUAGAACUACUAUGUAGUCUAACCCAGAGUGAGAGUCCUGCACUUCGGGUCAACGGAAUCUGGGCACUAAUGAACAUGGCCUUCCAGGCAGACCAGAAGGUGAAGGUGGAGAUUGUUCAAUGUUUGGGUACAGAGCAACUCUUUCGCUUGCUGUCAGACCCCGACGGCAACGUGCUGAUGAAGACACUCGGUUUGCUGCGGAAUCUACUGUCAAUACGCCCUCACAUCGACCAAAUCAUGAAUUCCCACGGGAAGCAGAUCAUGCAGGCCGUCACGCUCAUCCUGGAAGCUGAACACUGCGUGGAGGUCAAAGAGCAGACGCUGUGCAUCCUCGCGAACAUCGCCGACGGCAACACAGCGAAGGAGCUCAUCAUGACCAACGACGACAUGCUCCAGAAAAUCAAAUACUACAUGGGUCACUCCAACGUGAAACUGCAGCUCGCAGCCACCUUCUGCAUCUCUAACCUCAUCUGGAACGAGGAAGAUGGUAAAACAGACAAACCCUGCAGGCAGCCUACUGGGAUCAAUCAAUCAAUGCUCGCAGGAGCGUCAGGACAAGCUGAGGGAGUUGGGCUUUGUGGACAUGUUGCACAAACUCUCCCAGGCUUGCGACGCCAACCUCUGCGACAGGGCCAAGACGGCCAUGCAGCAGUACCUAGCAUGACCGCAAGAGGGUAUCGCAAGCAUCACUUGGGGAAGACGCCUGCUGGUUUUGUUUGGUCAACGGCUGAAACUUUUUGAGUUGCACAAAGACCCUCUUUUUAUUUUUUUUUUUCUCUUCCCCUUGUAACGAUACAGCUUCCUUGAUGGUUUGGAGAUUAUUACUAUUUUUUGUGAAGCUUGGAGCUUUUUGGUGUGACAUCAUGUAUGUCAUGGACUCGACUUGUUGAGGAAACUGGAUGAUGAGAACUUGUUUAUUUUUAUUUUUUUAUUCUUAAGAGGGUGCUUUCCUUCUUUCUCUUCAAGACAAAAGACAGAGGGAAGGGGAAUACAACUAUUUUGAAAUGUG